UGCAGUAUGCUUUUGUCAUUCAGAUCUGAUCGGUUUAUAUUUCAGCUCUGUUUCUGACCUUGACUGCGCCUUUUAUUGUAGUAUUUUAUCGUACAAUGCAAUAUACCACAUCUCCACGCCUUUUAUCAACAGUAAAAAAUGAUCACAUUUAUUUUAGGUCUCAAGUGUUUGGAAUGAAAGUGGAAGAUCCAAUUGCUAUGGGUGAGCGUCUUCAUCAGCAAGUCAUGUAUUUCACUGAUCCUCCAAUCAUUAAAGAUCGUAAGAGUCUGUUAAGAAGCUAUUCCAGCUGCUUCGUGGGCAGAGAAUUUGUGGACUGGUUGGUACAAGUAAAAGAGGUUGAAACAAGAGAUGAGGCAGUAGAUAUUGGUCAGAGACUUCUGGACGUGGGAGCUCUGGAACACGUAUCAAAAGAACAGCAGUUUGAAGAUAAAGAUCAGUAUUACAGGUUUAACACCGAGAGAGGCGAGUUAGGAGACGAUUUAUUAGCAGGGGACAGUGUACCAGAUAUGGACACAAGUAUUGUGUUGUUUGUAAUGGCUCAUCGCUGCUCAAAUACUGAAAAACCUCAUUCCAGUUUGAAUGCUGUCAGCGUGAUCGUAUCGCGGUCUCAUAUCGCCCUGGUCCAACAGAACCCUCAGUGGCCCAUUCCUCGGUACACUGACCUGCCUCAGCAUCCCAAGGGCCCUGCGUUUGUGCGCUUAGCAAGACACAAAAUCACUGACGUCACAAGCUUGGAUUUCUACGAAGAUGACCCUUGUUUUAUGGCGAUCAGUAUAUCAGACGAGGACGCGCCAGUGGAGAGCGCUGAGAGCCAGUGGAUACUGAAGACAGAAACCGUCACUACCCUCUCCUCCCUGGUGAAAGUGAUCAAAGAACCGUGGGAGGCGCAAUUUGGAGUGGAGUUACAAAAGAAUCUUUAUCCUUCCAUCACGGAUCACAAAAUGUAAAACUUGUUGUGUGAAUGGCCUGGUAGCCAGCUCUCAUCUAGUGAACACUCCCAAAACUGCUGGGCAGAAAAAAUGUUCCACUUGAACAACCUCACGCUUGAUUUUGUCAAUAGAACAAAGUAGAAAAUCACUGCGAGUGCUCGCAUAGGAAAAAACCAAACGACUCGUCUUGAAAUUCUGUAAAUUAUCGUAAAUCAUUGCGAUAGAGGCUGUGUUUGCUAUGUAUUUCAGGAAAAGAAAAAUCCCACACAGUGAAAACGACCUCCGAAGAAAUCUUAUACCCAUCUUAUGCGGACACAUCCAUGAUCUAAAUCAUUCCCAAAAGCGGAACCCUCUCGUUACAGUGUGCAAGAAGGCCCUUGGUUCCAAGGGUGACCCACUCACUUGAGCUUCGACUGUUUUUAUAGUCUUGAAAAAGGCGUGCGUACUGCUGGACUUUCCUUUGUUUUAGACGUGCCACUGUGUAAUGCUUCGUCCACACUACUCUGGAGGGAUUUGAAAACGGAGGGUUCACUCUGAAAACGCGUCAAAUGUUUUCCGUCCACACUACAUCGGAAGAAUUU